UAAAUAGUUAAGGGUAUAAUUAUUAUAGACAUGCCAAUGGCGGCGGGGACUGCAUCGCCGUGGGAACAGGCUCAAGCUAUGGGGCCAGCGGUGUUACCCGUGAUGCAAGCCGUGCCGGCGGUUUCUGACGUUUUGGCCAAGGACACGAUCAUUUCUUGGUUCCGAGGGGAAUUCGCGGCCGCCAAUGCCAUCAUCGAUGCUCUUUGCGGUCAUUUGGCGCAGCUCCAGGGAAGCGGGGACGUAGGAUCGGAGUACGACGCGGUGUUCGCGGCGAUCCACGGGAGGAGGCUGAAUUGGAUCCCGGUGUUGCAGAUGCAGAAGUAUCACUCCAUUGCCGAUGUGACGGCGGAGCUGAAAAAGGUGACUGCCAAGAUGACCGGAGGAGGGGAUGGGAUUGUCAAGGAGGAAGUGAAAGGAGGUUGCGGCGCUUGUUGGAUGAUGAGAAAGAGAAAGUCGUCGAGAAAGUGGUGGAAAAUGAGGGGAACGAGGCAGUUGGUGGAAAAGAAGAAGAAGAUUCCCUGACAGUGACAUACUGAUUCAGGAUCUCAGGAAGCUAUUGUCGAGGAAGACAUCGAUAUUUGUUUGAACCACAAAGACUGUGAUGCACGGCCUUCUCAAUUCAAGUUGACCAAAGGUUUUUCUGCCAAGGAACAUGUGAAGGGUCGCAUGGUGAAUGUUGUGAAAGGAUUGAAGUUGUAUGAGGACGUAUUCACUGAUUCAGAGCUAGCUAAGCUUAGUGACUUCAUGACUGAACUUCGAUCCGCCGGGCAGAAUGGGGAACUGUCAGGUGAGACUUUCAUUUUAUUCAACAAACAAAUUAAGGGAAAUAAGAGAGAGCUGAUUCAGUUUGGUGUUCCGAUUUUCGGACAUGUUAAAGACGAGCUGACAAGAGAUAACCAUGCAAUUGAUAUAGAACCGAUUCCGGCACUGCUCGAACAUGUCAUAGAACACUUGAUCCAAUGGCAACUUAUACCUGAAUAUAAGAAACCAAAUGGCUGCAUCAUUAACUUCUUCGAUGAGGGUGAAUAUUCUCAACCCUUUCUUAAACCACCUCAUUUGGAACAACCUAUCUCAACACUUCUCCUGUCUGAAUCGACAAUGGCUUUCGGGCGAACUCUCGUGAGUGACGGUGAAGGGAACUAUAGAGGGCGACUCCAACUUUCAUUGAAAGAAGGGUCUCUUUUAGUUAUGAGAGGAAAUAGUUCCGACACGGCAAGACAUGUAAUGUGCCCAUCUCCGAACAAGAGGGUAAGCAUUACCUUGUUCCGAGUUCGGCUGGAUACCAACCAAGGUCAGUCACCACCAACUACUCAAUCUGGUGCCAUGACUUGGCAACCAGCUGCCCCUGGUCCAUAUGUAGUGUCAAAUGGAAAUCUUAACGGCUAUAAGGCAUUCGAUACGAUGCCAAAAUGGGGAGUCCUUCAUGCUCCUGUUGUCAUGCUAGCACCUGUACGUCCGGUGGUGAUGAGCCCCAGAAAACUUCCUCGUGGAGGCACCGGGGUCUUCCUGCCGUGGACCAUGGGAUCAAAAAAACACACCAAACUCCCACCACGAGCCCAAAAAGGAAGAAUGCUCACAACAGCUUUUUCUGUUGAAACACGAGUAGCAGAGUCUACUUCCGAACCAGGAAUCAACGUCGAAGGGACUUUGGAAUAAGUUAAAGCUUGAGACAUUGUUCGAUGCAAUGUUUCUUGCUCCGAAAGAGCAUUUACUUACUGUACACAUGCGGCUCAAAUUCUGUAAUGUUUGUUUUUCCCCACAUUUGUCACUUUUUUUCCUUCUUUCUCAGCAACUAUAGGUUCUAGCCAUUGUCGCAACACUUGUUGAAUAUCAUGGUAGGGCUUCAGAGGCAGUUGAGCUUGAAAGUACGAGUGUGAAUUAGCUAAUACAUGCGACCAACAGGAUUUUGUAUCAAGUUAUUUAUAUUAAUCCUCUUUUGCAUACA